AUGGUUCGAAGAAGCAGGAGAUUAUGGCUUGGUGUGCUUGCAGCAGCAAUGUCGCUGAAGUACGGCAUGUGCGAUGAGACCGCCAGCAAGGCCAUGGUUUUCCGACCCUGGCGUCCUCGAGCCAGCACUGACUCGCCAGACAGCACAACACUCCCAGCAGUCAUCACGCUGCUUGUGGGAGGAUUCCUAGGCAUGGGUGCCUUCCAGGAGAACCCGGCAGUGCCGCAACUCUUUGAGUCCGUGAAGGACGAAACUUGGACCGGCUCCAGGGGCCGGCUAGCCAGGCUAGCUCCACGUAGAUCCAUUUCCCUGGAUGCCGGCCGGCGCUUCAGGGAUGCGCCGCUUCGGUCCAGAAGCCGUUGUCGGCCAAGGCCCUGA